AUGACAUCAUCUGUAGAUACAAAACUGAUUGAAUCAUUGACUUUUAUUUCCGACCAGUUCAAUCGAUAUCUGUCACUUACUAUUUUAAUAUUUGGCGUCGUAGGAAAUAUUCUUAAUUGUCUUGUUCUCUAUCAAAAGACACUUCGUUAUAAUACGUGUGCAGCAUAUUUUCUUCUUUCCUCAUUUAUUGAUCUUAUUUCCAUUCUAAGUGGCAUACCAACGCGUAUAUUGGCUACUUGGCAUUUCGAUCCAACAUCUACAAUCGAUUUGAUUUGUAAGCUUCGUGUUUUCAUGGUAUUUAGUACAAGAACAGCAUCUAUAUGGUUGAUCACAUUAGCUACAAUUGAUCGAUGGCUAUUAUCAUCUACGAAUGUCCAUGAUCGACGAAUGAGUACAUUGAAAAACGUCAAGAAAGGCAUGAUUUUCUGCUUGACUCUAGCGGUUCUUUCUUACAUUCACAUAUUUUAUUGUUAUACAGCGAAUAUUCUCAAUGGACCAUUGCCAUGUUAUGCAAAAACAGUUACAUGCCGAUUGGUCACCGUUUUAAUUUAUAUAUUUUUAAGCAUUAUUAUUCCAUUAUCUUUAAUGAUUACAUUCGGUCUAAUGACUAUUUCUAACGUACACCGUGUUCGCGAUCGUGCGCCACAUAUGAUCAAUCUUUUGAAUAGACUUCGUCACACAAGACGUAAACACAUGAUAACGAGAAGCAUCGAUCGUCGUCUACUUCGCAUGCUCCUCGUACAAGUGCUUGUUUUAGUUCUAUGUUGUGCUCCACAAGCGAUUGGAAAACUUUACAUUACAUUCAAUCCUCUCAGUUCUGGAUCCGAAUUGAGAGAUGUUAUUAAAACUUUUCUUUACAAUUUUACAGUACUUUUAGCAUUUAUACAAAAUGCUGUACCAUUCUAUAUUUAUACAUUAGCCGGUGGAAGUAUUUUUCGAACAGUAUUGAUGAACUUGAUACGAAAAGUGAAUCACAGUGUGUCAGUUAUUUUUUGUUAG